AUGUUAAAUACUAAGGUUGAGUUAAUAAGUGGUAUUUUCACUGAAAUAUUAUCAAUCGUAAAUGGCAAUCAUGAUGGUGGAACAAUUUUAAUUUUAGUUAUAGAUACUUUACUCCUCCCAAUCAUUAUUUUUGGAUUCUUCAUUUGUUGUUGCGCGAGAACAGCUUAUCUUUUAAGAAUUUAUUCUAUGCUUUAUUAUAUCUUCACGGCUACUGAAAUUCUAGUUACUAUAAUAGCAAUCAUUUUAUUUAUUGUAAAUAAAAGUUCUUACGUGAACGAUUGUAUUAACAGAAAUAAAAAUAAUGGAAUUCUUGGCAAAGAUCCAGUGGGCGAUUGUGAGAAUGAAUUUAAGAUAGUUGAAAGCUUAUUGAUUAUUGUUUGUCCCUUAUAUAUUAUUGUUGCGAUUCAUUUUGCCUUGGUUAUUGCAGCUUAUGCUGCAAGCCGUAAGGAUAAAGAAAGAAAUGUUUCUUUAGUACUUGAAGAUUCAGAAAGCAAUAUUUCUUCAGCGCAUUAA